AGUCCACUUUGUUCCAGAUGGCGACCCAUUCGGCUUUUGCUUUCGACACUGUUGUGCGCAGCGCCCUCGACAAGGUUCUUGCUGAGGACGACUCUGUCGCGCCCGCCAUUGAGACACUCCGCGCCGCAUUCGAGCGUGCAGAGCAAGCGCAGAUGGGCCUUGUGCACUCUAUUGUCGAGUCGAUUCUCGAGUCUGAUUUGGAUGCUGCCUCGCUUGGCAAGUUCCGGGAAGCAGGAAAAGUGGCAAAGAUGACCGAGUCGGAUAUCCAACAAGUGCUUGCGCUUGGAACCAAGCUCGUGACGACCCUGCAAAAUCUCCGAUCACAAAUCACUGAAAAGUCUACCUUCUUGGUGGCCAUCAAGCAGAUCGCUGGUGCGAUCAAGAUCUUCUUGGACUCUGUCGGCAAGGUCACCGUCACCGACGAGGGCCUUGCCAACCACAAACGACUGCUCGAGGACCACAAGAAAAUCUUCAUCAAGACGUCCAAAUCUUUCAGCGACACGCUCAAGGGCUAUUUCAAGGAGGAGUUUGACCAAGGCGCCGUCUUCUCCAGCGCAGAUGUUCUCAUCCGAGAGACGACGCAAUUGAUGCAAACUUUGAAAGCAUAAAGCCCCAUUCGUUCAGUUUUGUUAUUUGUUGCCCUUGUUUUGUUUUGUUUUGGUUGUUGUUUUUUUUUUUGCUUUUUUGCAUUUCUUGUGUCGCUGCGUGUGUUGGAAGCUUAUGGUAUGUGCUCCUGCUGCUUCUUCUUCUUGUUGUCAAAGCGUAAGAGAAUGCGGAUCGAGCUCCCCAGCAGAGCAAAAGUCGCUUUUGUUUUGCCAUGUUUAUUCAACGCUUUGAACAUUUCCAUCCCUGCCUUGGUAUGGCUGUCCAUCUUGGUCUUACAGCGAGAGUGCUCUCUGGAUGAACUACUGUUCCUUUAUUGUGGAAAUUCACAAAAC